UUAUCGAUCUUUCAAAAUCGACAGUGUUAGGGUGUUUUUAUGAUGUAAUGUUUAUGAAGAAACGAAACCGUGUGUUGUUUUUCCUUUUUUUGGCUGCGGUGGGCGGAACACGAAAGCUGCCUAGCCGCUACGAACUACACAAGCGGCGGUACACUUUCGAAACUCAAUGCAAGAGUGGCGUUUAAAAAAAAAAAGAUUUUAAACAAAAAAAACCGCCUGGCUGACGAUGUCCUAUGUCCACAUUUUAAAGUUUUAGCAUUGAGCACAUCAUGGAGAACUCCGACAGGCCCAACCGGACAAGGCCAGGUAGCUGGGGGGCACCUGCAGACAGCUGGAGGAGCCAGGACCAGAGUAGAGGACACACCUACAGAAUGGAUGGAGCUCAGCAAGGCAGAAAAAGCCAGGGAGGUCCAUACCGGGCCAGCCCCAAGAGGGGGGGACUCGGACCCCUGGCUUAUUCCCCUGGAGCCUUCCGAGGUGGUCACAGCCCCUUGCAGCGGGAAGAUCUACAUCGGUUCUGGAGCCCCGAAAACUGUGGCCCGCUUCGAGACGAUAACUGGAGAGAGUAUAUGCAACAACAAUGGGGCAAGAGUAUCCGUGAUGGGGGACUACAUGAAGACAGGGAUCAGUGGAGGAGGGAUACCGCUGAUGGAAAUGUUCCUAAUGCAGCAAGAAGACAUAGGCCAAGGAACAAGGGCAGAAAUUUUGCUGAAGAGGACCGGGACCUCGCAAGUGAAGAGUCCUCACUCUCAGCGAAAGAUCUGCACAUUCUGCGACAAGCCGAGAGGCGUCUAAGUAAAGAUGACAUACACGCUCUCAAAAAGAAGUCCAACAGCAAGCCCAAUGCCGUUUACACCUGCGCCCUCUGCGACGUCCUCCUAGACUCUGUGUCCGACGCCAACAGGCAUAUCCGAGACAAGCGUCACAAGCGAAGGCUCAGGGAGAAGAAAGAGCACGAGAUGCUGACUGAAAUCCCGCCUCCUGGCCCUGAACAUGUUAAUGCAUUGACUGUCGCUUUAGAGGCUGUCAUCCGCGAGCAUGGAAUGGAUGACAGCGAUAUAGAGAAGAGACGCUAUGUUGUGUCCAUCAUGCAAGACCUGCUCCUGUCCGUCCUGCCCGAGAUCAGGCUGAGGUUGUAUGGAUCAUCUUGCACAAAAUUUGGAUUCAAGGAUUCUGAUGUCAACAUCGACAUUCAGUAUCCAGCACAUAUGCAUCAGCCAGAUGUCUUGUUGUCAGUCAAGGAGUGCCUCGCUGUGAGCCCUCUUUUUGUCGAUCUUGAAGCUGAUUUUCAUGCUCGCGUACCUGUAGUCAUCUGCAAAGAAAAGAAGAGUGGUCUUCUCUGCAAAGUGAGUGCAGGGAAUGAAAACGCAUUCCAAACCACUUCUUAUCUAGCAUCCCUUGCCAUGCAGGAGCAUCUCCUUCCUCCGCUGGUUCUUGGACUGCGACAUUGGGCUAAGAUUUGUCAAGUAGACCGUGCAGAAGAGGGUGGACUACCGCCAUAUGUCUUCGCCCUCAUGGUCAUCUACUUUUUACAGCAGCGCAAGGAGCCACUCUUGCCAACGUAUCUGAACCAAGCGAUAAAGACCUUUUCCCUCAGUAAGCUUUCGGACUUCAACCUCACGUGUGUCGAGGAUGGACACUUGCAUUGGACUUGCAGUUCUUCAGCCAAAGACACAACACAGCCACAAGACAACAUAAGGGGAAAGGUUCCACUGGUUUUCCAGAGCCCUCACCCCAAUCUGGAGGUCGGCCUUCUCUGGGUUGAAAUUCUCCGCUUUUAUUCCCUGGAGUUUAACAUGGCUGACAAUGUCAUCAGUGUACGAACCAGCGCCGUUCUCUCGCGGGAGUUAAAAGACUGGCCCAAGAAACGGAUCGCUGUGGAGGACCCUUUUGCUGUAAAGAGGAAUGUGGCGCGCACUGUUAACAGCCAACAAAUGUUUGACUACUUCCUCCAUUGCCUCAAAACAACAUACAAGUAUUUUGCACUGCCACUCAAUACGGCGGCUGCCAAUCACAAGACAUCAGUUCAAAGAGCAAAGGAGUCAUGUGAAGGGGAGGCGGGCCUGUCGGAGUUGAGUCAACUGAGCAUUCAUUCGCAAAGUAAAUGUAACGAAAAUGGCCCUGAAGACUGUGAUUGCAUCAUUGAGGAAGAGGAGGAAAUUGAGGAAGGCAGUGAGUCUGACGGGGAGAAGGAAAAGGUGGACUUUGGGAAAAGCAGCUACUCUGAGGAAGAGGAGGACGAAGACGCUGUUGCCCAUGGCAGACGUCACUUGGACAGCUUUACGACAGAGGAUGAGGAGAUUUUCCCUGUGGAUGAAAUCUCCGGGGAGGAGCUUUUGUCUGAUGAAGAACCUCCGGAUUUGGACACACCUAAUUCAAAUGAGGAAGAGGAGGAGGAAUUGGCACCUUCUGUCCCAUUACCUCCAUCUUUAAUGGACAGUGUUGAAAAUGAGCUCUCAGAAAGUAAAAAACAAAUGACCAAAAGGUCAUAUCAGUUUACCAAGCAAGCUUUCACCAGAGGAAAGUCUCACACAGUUGUGUGCAGCUUGUGCAAACGCGAUGGCCACUUGAAGAAAGAUUGUCCAGAGGAUUUCAAGAAAGUGGAGUUGCAACCUUUGCCCCCAAUGACACCGGACUUCCUCAAUGUGCUUGACCAAGUCUGUGAGCAGUGUUUUGCGGACUUUGCGCCAGAUGACGUGGAAGUGGCGAUCAGAGAGUGGAUCCUGCGAGAUCUGGAGACUUUCGUUAGACGACAGUUCCCAGGUGCUCGGCUGCAGCUGUUUGGAUCUUCCAAAAACGGUUUUGGCUUCAGGCAGAGUGACCUCGACAUCUGUAUGGUGCGAGAGGGCCAGGACAGCAUAGAUGAUGCCGAUUGCAUCAAUAUAAUCGAACGCCUUGCAAAGCUUCUUCGGAAACACCCUGAUUUAAGGAACAUCCUGCCAAUCACCACAGCCAAAGUGCCCAUUGUGAAGUUCUACCAUCUCCGCACUGGCCUGGAGGGAGACAUCAGCCUCUACAAUAGACUGGCUUUACACAACACGCGACUGCUGGCAUUAUACGCAGCCAUUGACCGGAGAGUGAAGAUCCUCUGUUAUGUCAUGAAGGUGUUUGCCAAGAUGUGUGACAUUGGGGAUGCAUCCCGUGGCAGUCUCUCGUCUUACGCCUACACUCUCAUGGUUCUCUUCUUCCUCCAGCAGAGGGAUCCCCCUCUUUUACCCGUGCUGCAGGAGCUUUACGAUGGUGACAAGAAACCCGAGGUGUUAGUGGAUGGCUGGAACGUAUAUUUCUAUGACGAUUUAAAAACACUUCCAAGUCGGUGGCCAGAGUUUGGCAAGAACACGGAGACAGUGGGGGAACUGUGGCUCGGCCUCCUCCAGUUCUACACGGAGGACUUUGACUUUAAAGAGCAUGUCGUGUGCACCCGUCAAAAAGCCCGCCUCACCACUUUUAACAAGCAGUGGACUUCCAAGUACAUCGUCAUUGAAGAUCCAUUUGACCUCAAUCAUAAUCUUGGUGCUGGUCUAUCAAGAAAAAUGACCAAUUUCAUCAUGAAGGCUUUCAUCAAUGGCAGAACAGUGUUUGGCACCCCGGUGAAGGUCUUUCCUCCCGAGUACCCCAGUCAGAUGGAGUACUUCUUUGACCCCCAAGUCCUCACUGAGGGAGAAGUGGCCCCCAACGACCGCUGCUGCCGCAUCUGUGGCAAGAUCGGUCACUUUAUGAAAGACUGCCCCAUGCGCAGGAAGUCCAGGCACAGGCACGACUCAGAAAGGAGGCUCGACGGCAUGCGAGAGCGAGCGGACACCGGAGAGGAGCCGGCGUCCCGACACAAAAGUGAACACUGGAGGAGGCGGGACGCCCCGGAGCCGCGCUGCUGCUUCCUGUGUGGAUCCGCCACUCACAUCAAGAAGGACUGUCAGCUCUUCAGAGGGCCCGCAGGAAGUAUGAAAAUGGAAAACUUCCCUAUGUCCUCAUCAGGCCUUUUGAGGAAUUUCAGAGAGAAACAAGGUUCACCGUCAAAAGAUGAGAAGAAAAGGCAUCAACACGUGAUGCUAAGUCCACAAGCAGGCAGUUUGGCUGCCCGCAAUUUGGGUCGCUCCAGUCAUAGGAAGAGCCCGGUGGAGUGAGGAGUGGCUGCGCAGACCUUCUGAGUUCUGACUCGUUUCCAGGCAGGCAGCGCCCACCGCCACCCCCCCAACCCGGAACCCCUGUCAAUCUGAACCAGGGCUGACAGGAAAGAGCCCAUUUCGGAGCAAAAGCCAGGACACCUUGACUUGAAGCCAUCUUGGGCCUUUUUUUAAGCGUUUUACUCCACCCCCCCCCCCCCCCGCCGCCUUUCUGAAGCGUUUUAAAAUAUCCAUUUUAACCAUUCAUUUGUUUUUUCUAAAUUCUAUUAAUCAGGGGAGAAAUACCAAGGUAACUAGAUCUUGGUCUGGCCAAUGAAGCAUGAAAUAUUGCUUUUUAUUAGUUUUGUACUGUCCCGAGUGUGUCGGACACGUGCGUUGCUGAUUUCUUUUAUCUUUUAAUUUAUUUAUCUCUACUUUUAUCUGGCCACGUUUAGUUUUUAUUUUUUCAGGUUUUAAACUUGUUUUCCUUUGCACUGAUACCCAAAAAAGUCCAUUUCAGCACGGCUUCAAAAGCUGCUAGCGAGCAGCUUUCUCUCUCGUGUGUAUAUAUUUUAGGAUCAUUGUUUCAUUUUAAGAGACUGCGGGUCCAUCCUAUUUUUCAAAGAAAACACGCAGACCCAACCCACCCCCCCUUUGGAGCAAGCUACCGAGAGCAAAAUAAAAUGAUACAGCUAAAUAGAACCACGCUAAAGGCCCAAAUUUAGAAUGCAAUCAUUGAAGAAAGUGAGCCGACUCUACGGUACAAUUUAGUUGACGCGGAGCCACACUUUGGUAGCUGCACUGUGAGGGUCCAAACCCUCAAUUUAUGUUGCUGCUAGCUGUUUAUUUAAAAAAAAAAAAAAUUAAAACAAUAAAAAAAAAGAAAACACUGCUUGUCACUCAAUAUAGACUGUCUGGCUUAAUUGCUGUUGUGAUCAAAGGUUGAAUUUUAUAAAAGACUGUGGUUGGUAUUGCAAACUAUUUUUGUUGUUGUUUUUGUUUUGGAAGAUGGCAGCCUUUUUGUUUAUCAUUUGUGUCAGACACGACUCAUUGAUGUUCAGUGUGACGUUCUUGGGCCCCGAGAUCUGCCAGGUUCCACUUUGCAGUCCAUUUUUUUUUUUUGGCAUUAAACACAAACCA